CCGCGGGGCCCUGGAGCGCCCCGGAGCCGGCGGCCCUGCGUGAUGACGCACGCGGUCGCGAAGACGUGGGGACGCAGGCGGGCCGUAGAGAGCGUUCAGCUGCCUGUGUUUCUUCCCAGAUUCCCCAAACCUGGCCACUUUUUCCCAUCACUGGCUUGAUUUUUAACCAUGCAGCGGAGAUCAAGAGGAAUUAAUGUUGGGCUGCUUCUGCUCCUUUCUCAAAUCUACCAUGUUGGGAUCAAUAAUAUUCCACCUGUCACCAUAGCAACUUUGGCUCUCAACAUCUGGUUCUUCUUGAAUCCUCUGAAACCGCUGUUUAGCUCCUGCCUUAGCGUGGAGAAGUGUUAUCAGCAAAAAGACUGGCAGCGCUUACUGCUCUCCCCUCUUCACCACGUAGAUGAUUGGCAUUUGUAUUUCAACAUGGCAUCCAUGCUAUGGAAAGGAAUAAAUUUGGAAAGAAGACUAGGAAGUAGAUGGUUUGCCUACAUCAUCGCCACAUUCUCUCUACUCACUGGGGUGGUGUACCUGCUCUUGGAAUUUGCUCUUGCAGAAUUGCUGGAUGAACCUGGCUUCAGAAGGAACUGUGCUGUAGGUUUCUCAGGAGUUUUGUUUGCUUUGAAAGUUCUUAACAACCAUUAUUGCCCUGGAGGCUUUGUCAACGUUUUGGGCUUUCCUGUACCCAACAAAUUUGCGUGUUGGGCAGAACUUUUGGCUAUUCACUUCAUCUCGCCAGGGACCUCCUUCGCCGGGCAUCUGGCGGGGAUUCUUGUCGGACUGAUGUACACUUGCGGGCCUCUGAAGAAGAUCAUGGAAGCGUGUGCAGGCAUUUUCCCCUCCAAUAUUGAUUACCCAGGACAGCAAUACUACUAUAAUAAUUCAGGCUACUCGGGGUAUCAGGACUACCACCCGUCUGGCAGACCAGGUUUCUAUGAAGAAGGACCCAGGAACUAUGAUGCGUACACGGCAGGACUGAGUGAGGAGGAACAGCUGGAGCAAGCGCUGAGAGCUAGCCUCUGGGACCAAGGAAAUAGCAGAAAUAGCCCCCCGCCCUAUGGGUUCCAUCUCUCGCCAGAAGAAGAAAUGAGGAGAAAGCGACUUUAUAGAUUCGACCACCAGCAAGGGGACCCAUCCUGGUGAACAGAUGUGGUCCAGUUGUGCAGUCAUUGUCCCCAAAGCCCCGCAUGGUUUUAAGCAGAAGCAGAGGGCACCGUGACCAUCACAGGUUGCCCACGUCUGCCAUGGCCCGUCACCCCAUGACCGCCGUGAGUCUAAUUCUCAAGCAGGUGGACGUCUUGAGCCCAGGCUUGCUGGACACAGCCCACCGCUCCUCUGGCCUUGUUCUCUCUCGCAGACAGGAGGUCGGCAUCUCCACGUAGGGCCCCCUCUCCACAUUCCUUUCUCUCACUGCUGACUCAGCGGCGCUCUUGCCUUGUUUUGUCUUUGAAGACCAGGACCUUCGCCAAGAGGUUUGUGUUCACCAGCCCGGAAGACCUGGCCCUAUUCUGCUCGGUGCUUGACGUGGCAGGAAGCAGGGAGCCAUUCCUCAUCCCCCGGCAGGUUGCCAUGGUGACCGUCCAGGCGCAGGAUGCAGCUACCAUCACAGGAUGCUAUUCCAGUGGCCUGGGGCCUCAGCUCCUUAGGCCCCGUUGUCUGGGCGUUGUUUACAGUAAAGCUGCCUUCACAGACUGUAUGACUGGAGAAGCUCAAGUAAGACCUCAGAGGGGAACCCACCCACACGCUCUAUGACAUAGCAGGUGGCACCAGCAAUCCGGGCUCACGGCAGCCUCUCCAGUGACUAUAUGUGUUCCUGGAGAUGCACUUUGUAUUAAGCUAGUCAGCAAAGCAGCGGCAGGUGCCGCAUGCCGAGUAGGGCGACCAGUGCGUGGUCACUGAAGAAGUACUCUUUUUCUCUUGAGGAAGUAUUUUUUUUUCUCCUAAAAGUGCCUUUUAAUUGACCACUGUCACAGCCACUUGUCCUGCUCAGGCAUCCAAGACACUCCCCUCACCCACAGAUUCCAAGUCACAUACGGUGGUUCCCGGUGCUUGUGUUUUGUGAAUAAAAGGAAAAAGUCAAACAUCACUGAUGUCUCAUUUCACUGAGAUAUUUUUGUUUAAAGGGAGUUAGAAGCAGAAAAGGAUCUUCCUAUUUUGCACUUCUAGCAUUUAUAUAGUUUUAUGAUUAUAAAAGUAAUAUAUAUACCUUUAUAUGCAUAAAGCAAACCUCUGGAAGGAAAUGUACCCACAUGUUAACAGAGGUUAUUUUGGAAGGUAGAGUACAUAGAAUUUUGCUGGGUUUUUUACAAUUUUAUAUUGCUGUCUUUUAAAAAUGUGUGUGCAUAUAUAUAUGUAUGUGUACUACUUUUGCAGUAGGAAAACUGAUUUACAUAAUAAUCAGUAAAAUGGAUUUAUUUAAA